UGCCCCCAUUCCCAUUCAGUUACUGACGUACUACUCUUUUUUCAUGAAUAUUUAACAAAAUCUAAUGUUUGCACAAUUAAUACAGGCAUUUUAUUUCUUUAUUCACUUUCUGAAGAUAUAUGGGACUAAUCAGAAGGAUAAUUUGUCAUUUCUUAAAAGGAAAAGAAAUGUUAAGUGAAUGAAUGAAAUUCAUAGUAGACUAGACUUGCACUUACAAAAACAAUGGGAACACAGAGCGAAUGGGUAUAUUCCGACUUACAGACGCCUAAAGGUGUUAAAUCUGCACAUAGAAUUCCGUUGGUGUCACCAAGAAUGGAUGUUGAUGUUACAGGCGUUUCCUUAAAAAAUGUGCGCACGCACCUAAUUGAUCACCCACGUGACGAUGGAUUGAGACAUCGUGAACAACUCUGGAAUUUUCAACAAAGGUAUCGUGGCGUGAUCGGGAAGGGUCGUCCUACUCUUCCUAUCGGAGAUGAGGACCGGAAGUGUGAGACAUCCGGUUCCGAUGAGCAAACCGAAGAUGAGACCCGGCUGGUAGAAAGCUCACGAUCACGUGUUGCCAACGAACAAUCAUCAUUACCGAGUAGAUUUCGUAAACGUUUAAAACAUAAAAUAAACUUUACAGGUUUGAAGCGGAGCGAAAGUCAAACAGAGGCAGACCGGCGUAAACUUUUUCAAAUUAAGGAGCCUAAAGAAGAAGAAAAAACAAAUCCAGGAAUUCAAAGACUGUAUUCAUCAGGCUUAAUCGUCAAAAACAAUUUAUUCAAUCAGUUACGUAAUGUUAACACUGAUGAAAGAAAAAUAGAUCACUUUCCUGAUAAUUCGAAAAUUCUUGAAGCUAUUCAAAAAUAUGGAUCCUUAGAAAAACUUCCUGAUAUUAGUUACCCUGGAUUGAAAUCUGCGCAGCAAACACCAAACAUUCGCUUCCUCAAAACCUUAAAUUCUUACAAUCGACGAAUGAUUGACCAGGUGUCAGAACGGAAUACCUCCAUUACGUCGGUCUUCGUCUUGGGUGUAUUGACAAUUUUAACGAAGACGAUGACGAAGAAAAUGAUAAUAAUGGUGAUGUGGAUGAUGAUGACGAUGAUGAUGAAGAUGAUGAGGAGUAUGAAGAAACAAAAUGAUGAAGAUGAUGAUGAAUGUGACAAUGAAAAUCAGAUUUCACACGCUGAAAAACUGCAUGGAAAAGAACAUUCGGAUCAUGUUGGUAUAAGAAGUAAUAUUACUCACGUAAAUACUCAAGACGAUUUAAUUUUAAUCGAAAAAUAUAAAAACGAAGAGAAUACUCAUCAAAAGGAAUUAAGAAAUGAAAAGACAUUUCAUGAGGGUAUGCGAAAGCCUAAAAUCAGUAAAGAAUAUAGAAGAACAGACUUAUCGAGCCAAGAACCAUACGUACCAAAGUGCAAUAUUAAACCUCGCGAGAGCUGGAAAAAUACUAAAGUUGGAAGUAAAGAUAGAGACGAAGCUAAAGACAAUACAAGUAGCAAAAAGAAUCAGAAAAAGAAGUCUGAAACUGACAAUAAAGAGGACGAAUCUGAUUCAGAUGAAAGCUUAGAUAUUCCAGAGGAUCGCUUCGGGCAUACAACUCAUUCAAUAGAUAAAAAAUUAGCAAUAAGGAAACCUUGGGAAUGGAAACCAAGUCCAUAUAGAUGGAUAGAUAAAUCAUAUGUGAAAGAAAGUGAUAAGCCCUACAUUGAGCGUAUCAUUAACAAUGGUGAAAUCAUAGAUGAGUUUCAUUAUGAUUCAUUUGCAAGAACGAGACCUUUAAAACUACAAAGUUUUCCUGAAGGGGCAGGAUACAAGGACAGAUAUGGGAAUUUAAGAUGAAUUGUUGUGUUCAAAACAUAUAAACAUAUGAUUAUCUGCAUCACAAACCCCAUUUUUGCGAUAAUAUCGCAAAACAUAUGCACGGCUAAGUAUAGAUUAUGCAAUAAAAUGACAAAUGUAAGAAUGUGUGAAUACAUAUAUUUACAUAUCAUAUUUAAUACUUAUUUUUUACGUAAAUAGCAUACAGUCUUUGCAUUGCUGUGUGUUUCUGCUCAUAAAACAUUCAUUUCAUAAAAUGUUAU